UACUAUUUGUCUGAGGAAAUUCAAAAGCGGGGCAAUUUGGUCACAUAUAUUUUUUUCUCUUUUAUUUCCAGUUCGGCAAUAACAAUCAUCGGAGAACCUUUUUCAUCUCUCUCUCAGGUCUAAUACUACUUUGAAGUUUGCCUUUCGAAGGUUUGUUCUCAUAAUUGCGAAGAAUGCCAUAUUUGCUUCAGAAGUUGCUUUAGGAAUUGAAUCUCCGCGGGGAAAGUGACCUAUUGAGUUAAAGUUCUGUUCUAAAAUGGUGACCAUACACCGUAGUGGAGUUUUGAGGAAAUCAAACGAUGGCGCUAGGCUAGUAGUCACGACGAUUAUAGGAGUCGUAUUUGGAUUUUUUAUAGGUGCUUCGAUUCCGUCGAUAUCUCUAACUAAGAUUAACUUACCUUCAAGCCUUAUAUCGUCUCUUGAUGUAGCCAUGCCUGACAUACAUAGAUCCACUAGAAGCGAAUCUGUUGAAAGUGUUGGAUCCGGCAAUGUUCCGAAGAUAUAUGUUCCAACAAAUCCUCGUGGAGCAGAGUCAUUACCUCCAGGAAUUGUUGUAUCAGAAUCUGAUCUUUAUUUACGCAGACUAUGGGGUGAACCUAGUGAGGAUCUGAAGAAAAAGCCGAAAUACUUGCUGACAUUCACUGUUGGUCUUGAUCAGAGAAACAAUAUUAAUGCAGCAGUUAAAAAGUUUUCUGAGGAUUUCAUGAUUAUGCUUUUUCACUAUGAUGGUCGGACAAGUGAAUGGGAUGAAUUUGAGUGGUCCAAGAGUGCAAUCCAUGUUAGUGUGAGGAAACAAACAAAAUGGUGGUAUGCAAAAAGGUUUUUGCAUCCUGAUGUUGUAGCAUCUUUUGAAUAUAUUUUUAUAUGGGAUGAAGAUCUUGGAGUAGAACACUUCAAUGGAGAUAAGUACAUCGAGUUGGUUAAGAAACAUGGUUUGGAGAUCUCUCAACCUGGUCUUGAGCCCAAUAACGGACUAACGUGGGAAAUGACAAAGAGGAGAGGUGACAGAGAAGUUCAUAUGGUUACAGAUGAGAAGCCAGGCUGGUGUAGUGACCCACAUUUGCCUCCUUGUGCUGCAUUUGUAGAAAUUAUGGCCCCCGUCUUUUCUCAGGAAGCUUGGCGUUGUGUGUGGCAUAUGAUUCAGAAUGAUUUGGUGCAUGGAUGGGGAUUGGAUUUUGCUCUCAGAAGAUGUGUAGAGCCUGCACAUGAAAAAAUUGGUGUGGUUGAUUCGCAGUGGAUUGUACAUCAAGUAAUACCUUCUCUUGGGAGCCAGGGUCAGUCCGAUAAUGGGAAAGCUCCAUGGGAAGGGGUGAGAGCAAGAUGUAGAAAUGAGUGGGCUCAGUUCCGGUCUCGCCUCACCAAUGCAGAUAAGGCAUACCUUACUCAAACUGGGAAGGAGAAGCGUUGAGAACCCCCCCCCCCCCCCCCCCCCCCCCCCCCCCCCCUCCUUUCGCUUUUUCUUUUGUACAUGUUUGUCUUUUGCCCUAGGUGGUGUUUAUUGGCUCAAUUCUUCAUGCCUUUUUUUUUUUUAAUGAUUUUUUGUUCAAGGUGGGCGGCUCGUUUUUGUGAGCCACUCUUCUGUAUCUUAUAGAAUGCCGCAGUUAUAAAAGAGAAGAAAAUGUUACCGUCUUGUUUUCCAGGACGGGUUUGCCUCCUUUACAGAUAUAACGGAUAAUUUGUGCUAUGUUAGGGCAGUGGUGGUCGUUGCAAACUUGCAACGCCACAAUUGUCUUAUUUUUUUA